UCCGUUCCUCUCCCUACCAUUUAUAUAAGCAGGCGUGUACCAUAGACCUGCUCACUCUCGCGUACAUUUCGCUCCCAUCGGGCCCACAAGCGCAACUUUACUGCUGAUCAUCCGAACCGGUCGCUUCGACAAAAAUCUUCAACCAUGGCCAAAGAGUUGCACACCGAGGACAGCAAUGACUACGAGUUCAAUGAAGUCUCGACCACCAGCUCCAAGUGCGUCCUGCGCUUCAAGGUGAAGGCCGCCCACGACGCCCACGUGUGUCUCUCGUCCACCGAGGAACAGGACGCCACCCCUUUUUUGGAGGUCUUCAUCGGUGGCUGGGACAACAGCAAAUGCGCCAUCAGACGCGACCGCGCAAAGCCUGACAGGGCCGAGGCCGAGACUCCUGACGUUCUUUCUGCGGACGAGUUCCGCGGCUUCUGGAUUUCAUGGGACUCCGAAGGCAAAAUCGAGGUUGGCCGUGAAGGCGAGGAAGAGGCCUUUUUGUCUUACGUCGAGCCCGAACCCUUCGAGAUCACCCACUACGGCGUCCGCACUGCCUGGGGCGCCAACGGCGACUGGGAGAUUGAAAAAGACAAGUUCACAACUUUGGACGGCGCUCCGUACCUGCUGGCGACGGCGCCUCGAAUCGUCAAGGGCGGUUCUCUUCUUUUCAGUGUUCGCGCCCCUCACGACGCCCACGUGACCCUGACCAGCGGCCCUGCCGAUGGCGGCAACCAGUACGAGGUCUUCGUUGGUGGCUGGAAAAACAGCAAGUGCGCCCUCAGGAAAAACAAAACCAAACCUGACCUCGUCGUCGUUGAAACGCCAAACAUCUUAGAUUCGGGCCGUUUCCGAAACUUUAAACUGACUUGGAACAAAGGUCUGAUCACCCUUCAGGACGAAAAUGGCGCCGUCAUUUUUGAGCACCAGGAUGUGGAAACGAUUCCCAUCACGCAUUUUGGCGUUCGAACUUCAUGGGGCGCCCGUGGCGACUGGAAGCUGGGCGCCCACUCCAAAGAUCUGGAGCCCGCCGAGACUCCUGGUGAGGCCUGCUGGGUCGCUGCCACCAACGGUGAGGUGCCCGAGGGCGCUGUCUGCGGCGGCACCGAUCUUGAGUGCGACCUGAUGAUCGCCAGGGCUGUUCACGAGGGCGAAUUGCUGCCCGGAAAGUUUGUGCCCGCGCACGGUGUCACCUACGUUUCCUGGAAUGGCGCCGAGCACGCUAAGGAGGAGUACGAGAUGCUGUGCGGCUGCAAACCUGUGUGGUUCCAAAUCAACCAGGGUGACACCAUCCCCGAGAACGCGCUGCCUGGUGGCCGCACUGCUGAGGGAGAGACCCUGUUCAUCGGACGUGUGCCCCAUGAAGGAACUGUGACCGUUGGAAAGGUGCACCCGAGCCAUGGAACGUGCUACAUUCCCUAUGCCGGCCAGGAGCUUGGAUUCCCCGACUUUGAGGUUUUGGUCCGCCAGUAAACGCUGCUGCUGGAAAAGCGCACGCACGCUACUAAAUCCCGCGCGUUUGGCCCCAAUAUGAUUAAAAUAAUGUGCUUUAAUACUCCUUUCUGCUGCUUCUCCUAUGAUAAAUCUAUAAUGAUCGAGAAGAGAAAUGUGGCUUUAAACCUUAAUUGUAGAGUUAAAAAUAUUUGUAUUAAUUAGAGCAAAGUGUCAAAAAAGAAGCUUUCUCUGUAUUAUUGAAAUUUUUGAAAAACCACUUACUGGUUCUGCCUUAUUAAAUCAUGUGCUGCAUUUAUUCUUAAAUGUUUUAUAGUAGAGCGUGACUAAUUUUAUGCAGCUCCUACUCUGCCUUUAUGAAUCACAGUGGCACUUUGCGGAGAAAUUAUCUAUAGAAUUAUAAAGAAAAGUAGAGUUCUUGAAGUUUUAGAGAUUUUUUUGUUGGCGCACUCUGUUCCAAUGUGAUGUUUUAAAACAAGAAAGGCAUGAGAAGAAAUAUGCACAACUAGAGCAUUUUUAAUAAAAAUCAAAUUACACGAA